UCUAAAUCGAUCUAGGGCUCAAGGUAAGUGUUUUCUGACUUGGAUUCGCUAAGUUCAUGGUUAAAACAACGAUUUGGAGUAUAUUUACGUUGAGUUUUGUUUGUAGGCAUCAGAUUGGAGUCUAGGACCAAAAGAAUGUAUACUACUGCUUGGAUGGCGCCCUAAUGUUGCAGAAAUGAUUGAAGAAUAUGAUAAUUAUCUUGGACCUGGUAGUGUAUUGGAAAUAUUGUCAGAUGUGCCAAUGGAUGACAGAAACAGGGCAAGCAGCCUUGCUGGUCAAGGCAAGCUCAAGAAUGUCCGGGUUUCCCAUAAGGUACUGUUUCAUCAAUAUGAUUGGGAACCCCAUGGACUAUGAUGUCUUAAAGGAAACCAUUAGUAAUAUUCAAAAAUCUUUGAAGAAUGAAGAUAUUCCCUUGUCAAUCGCUGUAAUAUCUGAUAGAGAAUGGCUGUUUGGAGAUCCAUCCAGGGCAGACAAACAUUCCGCAUAUUCCCUUCUACUUGCUGAAAAUAUUUGCAACAAACUUGGAGUGAAGCCAAUGAGUAUGGUGUUACCUAGUGUGGUUGGAUUCAAGUUGUCUGGAAAACUAAACAAUGGUGUCACAGCUACUGAUUUGGUUUUAACUGUGACCCAAAUGCUAAGGAAGCAUGGUGUUGUUGGCAAAUUUGUUGAGUUCUAUGGAGAAGGCGUGGGUAAAAUAUCAUAA